AAGCUCCAGAUCCCACACUACGGUUAAUAACUAAGCUCCCAAAUCAUGGAAAAUAAACGAUAUUUUCUUUCGGAACUGCGCAAUUUCGUUACAAAAUCCAUAUACGAUAACGAAGCUUUCAUGGUAAUGGACUACUGUUCUCUUAUCUCGAGUACGACGGGAAUAGUCGACAACUCACUCGUUUAGUCGUGCCCAUGGACUCAACUAUGGUGUUUAUGGAAAUGCACUAAGCAUGGAUAUCGAAAUUGACUAUGAAGAAGCGGAAAGCAGAUUUCUGUCAAACUGGAGUGGCGAUUAUUUGGACGAUCUGGAUACUUCCCAAUAUCCGUUUCCCAAUGUGCUUUGGCACGUGAAGCCCGCCGAAGAGAUGGCCAUCAAGUCUUCCAUGAUGAUCCUGGUCGGAGUGAGCGGUAUUUUCCUGAACUGUGUCAUCUUGACUAUUCUAAUUAGAAACAAAUGGCUUUGGAGUCCAAGCAACUGUCUCAUUGGAAAUAUGGCGCUAAUAGAUUUCCUGUUACUGUUCUUCUGUCCUUGGUUCAUGCUCGUUCGAGAUUUCUUUCAGAAUUACGUGCUGAAAACCUUUGGAUGCAGGUUCGAAGGGUUCUUACAAGCAUCACUGCUAUUAGCUAGUGUGGGAGCGGUUAUGCUAGUAUCCUACGAUCGGCUUGCGGCUGCGGUGUUGACCGCUGAAGCGAGAAUCACUAAGGACGCGGCCCCUAAAGUUAUCGUGAUCACUUGGAUUGUUUCUAGUGCUUUAGCUCUUCCUUGGACCAUUAAAAGGAAAUACGUGGAACGUCAAUGGCUGAAUUAUUUGGAAACUUUUUGCGCUGAAGACGUUCAACUCCUCGGAAUAUAUUGGCACCUACUCCUCACGAUGCUAGUAUGGGUCCCUUUGGGAAUAAUGAUUAUUACUUAUGGCGUGAUUAUGUGGCGCCUUCAGUGGAGCGCUAGAACCUUAUCAUCACGAGGAGGAGGCAGAUCGGUAACCAGAGCCAAGGGAAAAGCCAUGAGGAUCGCGGCCUUAGUAUUGAUUGCGGCUGUCGUGUGCAGAAUUCCAUACACAGCUCUGUUGUAUUGGCGAAACAAUUUGCCCCCGAAGAUAAAUUCUGUCGACGGCAGUUUCUCAAUGAUGUGGUUCGCGGCCAAUUACCUAAUGUACUUGAACUGUACCAUCAAUCCUCUGAUUUAUGGAUUCACCAACCUAAGAUUUAGGAAAGCUAUGGAUCGGACUCCGGGAGUGGCUUGUUUCAAGUUCGGAUCAUGGUGUUGCGUUUGCACUUUUUUCAAAAGAAGAAACUUUAUGGCCGGCGACAAGAAUACAGAGAAAAUAUUCGUCAUAGAAAAUUCUCCGGGUCCAAACAAGAAACUGUCCAGAGUCGUCAAGAACAUUCUUCAUAUUAACAAAGAUUCUAUUGAGUUCAGCAUUAAAAUCGACGAGAUGACCACAAAGCCGACUAAAUUGACUCCUUUGAAAAACGAACAGUUUUGAGAGCACGUUAACUUUGCGGGUAUUUAAUACAACUUUUUCUAACUUCUCUUCAUACCUAGUUUCUAAUUUGUCUACAUCUCUGUUUAGCUAUUUUAUUUCUGCGGCCAUGGUCGUUCUAUCGAGUGUUUUAUUUAAUUUAUAUUAUUUUACUUUAAUUUUUAUACGUAUCAUAAAUAUUAUAAAGUUUAUUAUGGGACUAACACUGAUGGAUUU